UGACGUCAGGAUCUGACGUGGACCGGAAACAACAACAACGCUGCUAAUGCUGCUAGGGAAAACCCUACAACUUGAGAGCGACCAAAACAAACAAGACGGUAGAGCAAAGAAAGCAACAAAUGCUGUUAUUACAAUAAUAUAUUUGCUUUGAUUAUGUGAAAGUAGUUUAAGCAUUGUAUCCACAUUAUAACAGUUUGGAUAAGAGUUCCGCGAUCUGCAGUACCGACUGUAUGCUAGCCUCUCUUUAGCUUUAGCAACAGCUGUGCUAGCAAUCGGUGUUGCUGUCAACAACUCAUUUCGAUAUUGUUUGGUGUUGGUCACGCCACGUAAGCGAUGAUAGCAAAAAUGCGGAGUAAGUUUUAUGGGCUAUCAGUUACUCGUUGACACCGCGUAUCUAUAUGUCAGUGUACGUCUUGGAUGUAGCAUUCUGGGUUUGUAGUCGAGAUGAGUUGGUUCAACGCAUCUCACUUGUCCACUUUCGCCAAACAAGCAUUAACAACUGCUCAGAAAUCAAUUGAUCGAGUGUUGGACAUCAAAGAAGAGGGACAAUGGAAUGACACGACUGCCGUGUCUUAUGACGAUGUGACAUUGCCUGCCAAGCUGUCAUUAAGUGGAGGGUGGGGGGUGACCCACUGGGAAGCAACACCCGAAGAAAAGACCCCCACACCUCCUUCUCCCUCUGUUGCCAUUACUACACCUGUUACCCGUACAGUUAUGGAUGAAUCUGAAAACUUCUUUAGUGCCUUCCUUUCACCUGGAGAUACACAAGUUGGCACCAAAUCCAAUGUGGUGUCUGUACCACCGACAAAAUCGCAAAGGCAGUCUCAGGAAAAUGACAAUAAUAUGAAGAACGCUGCAGCCCAAGAAGAGGUGGAGGUCCAAAAGACGGAGUCAGAUGAUAAUGGUCAUGAUAAUCGGACAGUUGUGGAUGGUCAACCGGUGGAGAGUGAACCCUCCCAUGCAGGCACCAUUUUUCUCCAACCCGUUUCUCCCGUUGUAAGUUGUGAACUUCCUUCUAGCACAGAUGACAAGAAGACCGAUACAAGUCAAGUACAACCAAACACUGACACGGAAGUGUCUGUAGACACAGUCACAGAGUGGUCACAAAUUCCAGCUAAAGAACAUGUUGAGAAAAAAAACCCAGAUUCAUCCGAACCUUGUACUGUUUCCUCUGAAUCUAAAAAAGCUACACAAUCUCACCCACCAGCAUCCCACUCUCAAAAGGAAGUUCCUUUAGAGCAAAAAGACUCAAAGCCUGAAGACCGUCAGAGUGAUACCCCCUCUCCUCCUGUUAGUGCCUUCUCUUCAGGAACAUCUACCACCAGUGACAUUGAAGUGCUGGAUCAUGAGAGUGUGUUGAGUGAGAGCUCUGCCAGCUCCAGACAAGAAACAGGAGAAGGAAAAGCUGGACUCCACUUAAUGCAUGGCUCAUUUCAACUUCUGUCCGCUUCUGCCUGUGGAGAUUUCACCCGUCUAGAGGACUAUAUGAAACUCACAGAGAGUUGUGGUUCUUCCUCAGAUGCAUUUGAACGCAUUGAUUCUUUCAGUGUACAGUCUCUGGAUAGCCGGAGUGUCAGUGAGAUUAACUCUGAUGAUGAGAUCCCUGGCAGUCGGACGCUCGCUUCUGUUACUUCGCCUGCAGCCCCUGCAGCAGAUAUUCCACCAGGCGUAUGCGAGAAGCAGGAAGUUCGAGUUGGGGAAAAGACUGGAGAGGCAAAAGAGGAGAAGGAAGAUUCUGUGACUGGAGCUGUGAGGGAGCAGUCUCUGGAUGAGAUGGAGGAGAGCGGACGGAGUGUGACGCCUGUGAAUAGUGAACAACCUGAAGAGUUGACUGAGCAGGAACAAGAAUCUGAGGCCAACAUUAUACUGUCUGAUCCCACCGACAAUGCAGAAGAUGAGUUCACUCCACCAAUCACUGAAGAAAUGAAAAGUGUCUCAACCGUUCAUUUUUUGGAGCUUCAAAAGGUCAUUGAUGAGCUGUCAGGCCGCCUUGAAAAGAGAGAAUCUCAGCUUCUUGCAGUGAGCAAGGACAAGGCUAGACUGGAAGAAGAGUGUGACAAUCUCAGAGAUGAAGUAAUUAGUCUGAAGCAGGAGAGCUCCACUGUUCAGUCCUUAAAGGAUGAGUUCACGCAGCGUAUAGCAGACACCGAAAGGAAGGCUCAGCUGGCUUACAAAGAGAGGGAUAUAGCCAAGAAGGAGAUCAAGGGCCUGCGGGAAGAGCUUGUGACAAGAUUUAACUCCGGUGAUAUAGUGGAGCUAGUCAAAGAGAAGGAAGAGCAGAUCAAAGGCCUGCUCGAAGAAGGGGAAAAGUUGUCUAAGCAGCAGCUGCAGCACAACAACAUUAUCAAGAAACUGCGUGUGAAGGAGAAGGAGAGUGACAUAAGACUCACCAAGCAACAGAAAAAAAUUAAAGAGCUGGAAGAUGAGCUCAGGCAUAUGCAGCAGGUUUUGGAGGGGAAAGAAGAGGUAGAGAAACAGCAUAGGGAAAAUAUCAAGAAGCUAAACUCAGCUGUGGAGUGUCAGGAGAAGGAGUUGAGCCGGCAGAAGAUAGACUCUGAGGAGCUGCACGAGAAGAACAGAAGUCUCCAAGUGGCUCUUGACAAGUCCUACAAGGAGCUAGCAGAACUUCACAAGGUCAAUGCCAGCAGAGCCAGCGAGGUUGAAGAGGCAGCUCUUAGUAGGGAGAUACAGGCCAAGAAGUUGGUAAGCGUGGCCCUUGAGAAGGCCCAGGAUGAGGCCAGGAUACAGCAGGAGGCUCUAGCCAACCAGGUGGCCGACCUGAGAUUGGCUCUGCAGAGGGCUGAGCAGCAGCAGGCAAGGAAGGAAGAUUAUUUGCGAGAGGAGAUCAGUGAAUUGCAGCAGAGGCUUCAGGAUGCAGAGACAAGGAACCAGGAGCUCAGUCAAAGCGUUACCUCAGCAACAAGGCCUUUGUUGCGUCAAAUAGAGAACUUACAGGCUUCACUGGGUGGACAAACUGCAUCCUGGGAAAAACUAGAAAAGAACAUAUCUGACAGGCUCGUGGAAUCCCAGGCACAACUUGCUGUUGCAGUGGAGAAGGAACGCUCGGUCACAGAAGAACUGGUCUCCGUCAAGUGUCAGCUGGCCUCCCUUGAGUCCCAAAAUUCCUUGCUUCGCCAGGAGAAGGUCAGACUCCUUGCACUUGUGGAGACUGAGAAGAACAAAAGAGUGAAAUUGGAAGAUGACAGUUGCAGAGAGCGUAUUGAGUUGGUGAAUUUGCGAGGAGAACACAGUCGCAUGCUGGAAGAAGCAAAGAAAGAAAAGCUGCUGCUCACUAAUCAAAUAGAGAUGGAGAAAAUGAAGGUUGAACAAGAGAAGAAAAAAUGUUACUUAGCACAAGAGGCACUCAAGGAAAAGGAGCAGAAAAGCAUGACCCAUGAUGCCCCAGCUUCUUCCACACCCUCACUGUCUCGCUCUAGCUCCAUUAGUGGGGCCGACAACGCUGGUUUUCACUCCUCUAUUUUCUCUCAGGAUGACUUGUUAGACCAGCCACUAGGCAGUGGAACUAUGUCUAUGUCUAUGAGUGGGCCCAACUUGUAUGAAGCUGCCAGGCUGUCUGGUGGCUCCAACAUCAUCGAAAAUCUCCAGUCUCAACUCAAACUGAGGGAAGGAGAGAUAGUACAGCUACAGCUUGAGAUUUCUAGUCUGGAGAGGAGUCGUUCUGUGAUGGCAGAAGAGUUGGUUCGACUCACCAAUCAAAAUGAUGACAUGGAGGAGAAGGUAAAAGAGAUCCCCAAGUUGAGAAUUCAGCUCAAGGAUCUGGAACAGAGGCACAACACAAUCUUGCAGAUGUAUGGAGAAAAAGCUGAAGAGGCAGAGGAGCUCAGGCUAGACCUUGAGGAUGUAAAGAGCAUGUACAAAACCCAAAUUGAUGAACUGCUGAAGAACCAGAAAUAAAGACCAUUGCACUCUUAUUUUAUGUAAGACACUCACAAACCAGGAGAAGCAUCUGGAAAAAAUGAAUUUGGACAUGAUAAUAUGAAUGAUGUAAAUUGCAAAUUGUUGUUAGUUAUUAAUACAGUAGUCUUUAAACAAGGGUGUUGAUGAAAAUGGAUUACCAAAUCAGUAUGAAGGAGACACUGAUUAGGGUUGGGGACAAAAUGUAGGCAUUCAGAUGCGAACUAUUAAAGCCUUCAGAGAGACCACCAAGAUCAUAGAAUUAUCUGACACAGCCACUACUCACAUUCCAUUUGUAACACCAUUUAACAUAUAUUACUGAGAUCAUUGUAAGCAGUGCUAUUCACCAACUGCUUCUAAACACCAAAUCAGGGAUACUCUUUGUGAGCAUUCAUCCUGCCAGUGCGGUUGCCAGGACUUGCAGACUCCAUCUCACCAAGAGUUGGUGUUGUUGGAGCCGUUGGUGAGUGGUUUUGCACUGCACACAUUCUACCAUGUUUGUAUUAUAACAUGAUUAUUAUAUUUUAACCGAUAUAUCAAAAGAUGUACAGAAAACCUUUGUUCCUAUUUCCUUAUUAAAUAGAAAAGUCUGUAUACAGUUAUUAAAAUCUAAAGGAGUGAAACUGUAUGAAUGUAAAUUAAUCAACAUUUAUUUGAGUGAUGAGAAAUAAAGACAUCCUUGGCAUUAA